AGAGAAGUGUGGUUUGCCGUUUCCUGCUUUGAGCUUAUGUGUGCGCACAGAACAGAGAAGAGAAACUUCCUUGACUGAAGAGUGAAGAGACGACGCUUUUUUUUGUUGUUGUUCAAAUGCUGCACACGUACAAUUUUGAGAUAAAGUGGGAGAUUUUUACUUGAAGACGAUGAGCCGUGGAUCGAAGUCUAAACUGGAGAGCGCCCGGAGCUCCCUGCUGAGCCUGCAGGAGAAUGAGAAGCUGGAGGACCUGCUGGGCAGAAGGUGUGCUUCCAUGGCCACCGCGGUCGCGCAGCUGUACAUGGCUCUGCCUCACAGUCCGUCGGUGUGGAGCCUGCAGCACACCGGGGUCGUCUGCUUCGUCAAAGACAACCCUCAGCGCUCCUACUUCAUACGGAUGUUUGAUUUGAAGACGGCGAGGCAGGUCUGGGAGCAGGAGCUCUACAACCAGAUUGUUUACAGCUCGCCACAACCGUACUUUCAUACCUUUCCUGCAGAUGACUGUCAGGUCGGACUGAACUUUGCGGCGGAACAGGAAGCAGACACCUUCCAAAAUGCUGUCGAGGAGAAAAUCAGCCAGAGACAAACCCGUCAAGAGAGGAAACAGCGCCCCCCGCCGCCUAGUGACAGAGGUGCUCUGCCUCCUCCCCCACCUGGACAAGUCUCCCCCGGUGGGCCCGGCUCUUUACACAUGGCCACAGUGGACAUCCAGAACCCGGACAUCCAGUCGUCACGCUACCGCUCGGUGCCUUCGCCCGCGCCCGCCUCACUCCUGAGCAGCAAAGGAAAGAAAGAUAAGAAGGAUAAGAACAAGAAAAAGGGCUCCAAGCUCUCCAAAGCAGACAUCGGGGCCCCCAGUGGAUUUAAACACGUCACCCACGUCGGCUGGGAUCCCAACAACAUCGACCCCGACCUGCUGAGCUUGCUCUCCAAGGCCGGGAUCGGUGAGGCUGAGAUGAGGGAUGAAAAGACGUCCCAGCUCAUCUACAACGUCAUCGAGCAGUCCGGAGGCAUGGAGGCGGUCAAGAGGGAGGUGAACAGAGCAGCUUCUGGAGCUCCACCACCUCCACCCAACAGACAAGGGCCUCUCCCUCCUCUGCCGGGCUCCGGUCAGUCUGCUCCGACCCCUCCACCUCCUCGAGGCCGCUCUGGCCCCCUGCCUCCUAUCCCAGGCCAGUCACCGCGUGGGAGCCCCCAGGCACCUCCAUCACGUGGAAGUCUGCCUCCCCCACCUCCUGCAUCGGGCAGAGGUGGUCCUCCGCCGCCUCCACCACCAGCACACACUGCACCUCCUUACGUCACCCCACCGGCGUCGGCGAAGCCCUCUCACGGUUCAUCCUCCCACAACCUACCUCCUCCCCCGCCGCCAUCGAGCCAACAGCGCUCCAUGGGUUUCCCACCUCCUCCUGUGCCAUCUACUCCCAGCAGAGGAGGAGGAGGAGGAGGCCCUCCGCCUCCCCCACCGCCCCCUCCACCUCCACCUCCCCAAACCUCCAUGUCUUCAGAUUUCCCGCCUCCUCCCCCUGCUUUCUCCAGUGGCCCACCAGCACCUGCUCCUCCUCCACCUACUGGAGGAGGAGACAGUAGAGGAGCGCUGCUGGAUCAGAUCCGACUGGGGAAGAAGCUCAGAAAUGUGCCAGACGCUUCAGAAGCAGCUCCGCCCACGACACCAGAGUCAAGCGAGGGCAUCGUUGGUGCUCUCAUGUCGGUCAUGCAGAAGAGGAGUAAAGUCAUCCAUUCCUCUGAUGAGAGCGAAGACGACGGUGGCGAUGAAGACGACGACGACGACGAAUGGGACGACUGAUGAUGAAGUUCUAGUUUGUGUGGAUUUUGAACUUAGCUCAGCUGUGAUUUCAGUUACAGGCCUCUUCCUCUGCAGCACUGUUACAUGAUGUCAGACGAUGUGGCUGUGUGGCAGAUGAAAUAAAAAGCAAAUACUUCAACACGAAGGACGUGAAAA